AAAUUAGCUUCCCCUUUGUAUUCUUGUGAAGAUUUGAUAUCCUUCUCUCUUUUUGUUAAUCGAUUAGGGCUGUGGGAAAUUGCGAUAUCGAUUCUACGUGCUCAUUUUCCGGCUGUUUCAAACGCCGAGAAAUUCAGAAUCUUCCGAGUGGGAAAUUCAAAAGAGGAAGAAGAUGAAUGUGUUCAGAUUGGCUGGGGAUAUGACCCAUUUGGCCAGCAUUCUGGUUUUACUUCUCAAAAUUCAUACUAUCAAGUCUUGUGCUGGCAUUUCUUUGAAGACCCAAGAACUUUAUGCACUGGUGUUUAUUACCCGUUAUUUGGACAUAUUUGACAGAUUUGCAUCAAUAUAUAAUUUGAUAAUGAAAUUAAUAUUCCUGGGGAGUUCUCUCUCCAUUGUUUGGUACAUGCGACGUCACAAAAUCGUGCGUAGAUCAUACGACAAGGACCAGGACACAUUUCGCUACCAAUUUAUCGUGUUGCCUUGUCUGCUGUUGGCACUAGUUAUUAAUCAUAGGUUUACAUUUAAAGAGGUGAUGUGGACGUUUUCCCUUUAUCUCGAAGCUGUUGCCAUUCUUCCUCAAUUGGUGUUGCUACAAAGGACAAGGAAUAUCGACAAUUUAACAGGACAAUAUGUCUUCCUUCUUGGCGCCUACCGGGCAUUGUACAUACUGAAUUGGAUCUAUCGUUAUUUCACCGAACCUAGCUUUGUCCGUUGGAUAACUUGGAUAGCUGGUCUCGUGCAAACAUUGCUAUAUGCCGAUUUCUUUUACUACUACAUCCUGAGCUGGAAGAACAACGUCAAGCUUGAGUUACCAGCUUAACAAGAUUAGGAUUAGAAUUGUAUUAAGCUUUGGCAGAAGGCGAAGGACUUGAAUAUCUCACUGCAUUUGUAUUUUUAUUUAUUUUUUUAAUCUUUUUUGUUAGUUUUGAAUUAGUUGUAGUUUGGGGACUUUAUUUAAAUUAAGAAGACUUUGAUUGGUGGUAGCCUUAUAAAUAUAGUCUUUCUGCUUCCUUUGCUUUCA